AUGCCACAUUAUGCAUUCAGACUUUUAGAUGAAAAUUAUUUUUAUUUAUAUACCUUAAUAAUAGUAUCAUAUAAAGCACAAAAUCAAUUUGAUGAACAGAAACUGAUUCUGGCCUCCAAAUAUGAAGAUAUUCGAGCAAAGUUGAAAGAGUCUCAAAAGUUAUUAAAAACGUCAGAAAAUAAAUUGCAGUCAUUAAGAAGUCAAAUUUCUACCAAGGAAUCGGAUUUUACCAAUCUUAAAGAAAAUCUCAAACUAAAAUUACAAAGUAUGAAAAAGUUAAAUGCCGAUUAUUUGUUGAGCAUAGAACUCAUAAGAACUGAGUUGUCACAUAUAAGGAAAAUUCUUAACGAAGAAUUGAAGACAAAAUAUGAAAGUUAUUGUGACAGUUUGUUAGUGCAAAAGACUGCAGACCUACGCAAACGUUUAUACAAUGAAAUUGAACACAGAAUAAAUAAGGAUAAGGAAUCGGCCAUUAAUAAUCUCACAUUAGCUAAGCAAAAUGAAAUUGAUCAACUUCAACAAGUGAAUAACGAAUUGAAAAGAAAAAUGUCUAAGCAGCGUCAAGAAUUUGAAAAUAAAAUUACAAAAACUAGAAACCAGCUAGAAGAAGCAAUCAACAAAGAAAAGAGUAAACUGGAAGAAUAUCAGUCUGCUUGUAUGGAGGCGGAACAAAAGUUGAUCAAAGAAGUAGCAUUGAAAGAAAAUCUAGAAAAGCAGCUUGUAAAAUCUUCUAACGAAGUUGAACGAAUAAAGAAGGACUAUGAAAUCUUGACGAAACAAGCCAAGGAAAGUUUCUUGUAG